UCACUACAACGCGCUACAACCGCGGCUCUUAGCGCCGCGAGAAUGGGAAGUGCCAUCUUCCUGCCACGCUCGCAACCGACGGACGGCGACGCGCACACGUAUCUUUUGGUGUCACUGUGAGACUCUUUUGACCACGCACAGCGGUGUGACUGAAAGUGGAAAAAGAAAAAAGCAUUCGUCACACGAGUUUCUGCAGACACUUCCAACACUCGACGGGUGGUUUUCCUGCGUCUCCUGGGAUGCGUAUAAAAAAGGCGGGCGACGUGAAGAUUGUCACUUCCAGAAAAAAAUAAAACGUACAAACUUCUCGCCACCUGCUCGCUGCUGCUGCUGAUUCGGACAUCGACAUGAAACUUGUUCUUUUGUGCCUUCUCGCAGUUUGCUGCUCUUCUUUGGCCAGUGCCACCGACAUGACACUGGAGAGGAGAAAACUGGUCGAAGUCUUGAGGCAACUCGGUGACGUCAAAGACUCGCUGCAGCACGGAGAGCUGCUGGUGAACACGCCGCCACAAAAUAUUGAGGACUGCUGCUGUCUGUCGGCGUUACGAUGCUUCCGGGCCAGCUUGCACGUGCAAUUCAACUUGACGGAAAGAAGGCAAAACAAACUUUACCGCAGCCUCAAGCACCCAAUCACUGAGAGAGGUCUUGACUUAUGCAAAUCAGGAAAUGCUGUGGCCACCUGCGCAACGUGUGAUUCGCAUCCCAAGACAACUGCUCGAGAAUUUGUCAACAGACUGGAGUCUCUUAUUCAAAAGGCUAUCAGCAGACUGAGCGUCAACUGAGCAGACAGCAAGUUCAAGUCCCGAAAAUAAGAAGACACUAUGCUGAAAAGACGCCCCAAAACAAGCUGCAGUCUUCUAUUUAUUUAACUUAUUUAUUUAUUAUUUUGAGACGACGGGUUCCCAAAAACGCUGCUUUAUCGCCCUCUGGUGGGCUUGGCAUUUGGUUUGCUUCCAUGUCAAAUGUUUCAUUCAUUUCAAUGUGAGAUUCUACAAU